AUGGCGUUGAAUUCAUGUGCUCUGUUCACGAAUUUAAAUAUAGAGUGCAUUUACUUAGCCUGCUUUUCCUCACAGCACAUCACUAAACGUCCAACCAGAGCGCUUCUGAGUUGUAACAUCUCUGCACUCUCUCAUGAACUGAGAGCACAGAAUAAUGACACUACGCGCUCCUCCAAAACAUUCAACAGACCGCUGAGGACUUCAACACUGCGCAUCGAGACAUCGGAAAAGGAUGAGCAAUCUCAAAUACUACAAGGACUUCGAACAUGUACUGGCUCCAUCAUCAGCUCUCAGUCCAACCUUUUUCAAGGAUUAGAGCAGCUUCGAAGCCUGUUAGAUACGGCUAACGCGGGUGUCCUGGGCCUGAAAUUCUCGGCCAUCCUCCCGGCCUCUAACGCUGAUGCUUUGGCUGAGAUUUUCGGGCUCAACUUCAAAGCAUCCUCGAACCAAUAUCUUGAACUUGGUCAGCAAGCGACGACGAACUACGCCAUUUUAGACCACGACCGCAUAGCUGAGCUAUAUUCCGGAGGACCCCGAGAAGGUGAUACCCACGCUAAAGACUUAUCUCCAGUUCUUGGAAAUGCACCGAUUCCACGCCUCGAGGAUAGCACGGCCGCUAUGACUAGUAGAUUCAAACAGCACUGGUUAGUCGAAUGGAAAAUCGGAGAAGGAGGGUCUCUGAAACUUGAAUCUCAUUUCUCCAUCUCUGUUAACUUUAGGCCGAGCCAGGCCAUUUCCCGCUUCCCAGGGGUUUCCAUGUUCUACAGUAGUGCGCGGAACCAGCAAACGACCACCCCAUAUACUAUACUCUACUAUCAUGAUCGGAGAUUUAGCCGCCGUUCAAGCUAUGUUUUCUCCAAUGGAAAUAAGCCUGAGAUGUCAAGACAGCGACGGCAAUACCGUGCUGCACGAAUAGAAAUAUUCUUGCUUUCAAUCGGUCCCAGCAUUGACCAGUGUAUUUUGCAGGUAUUUCGGGAUAUACCUACAUACCUUCUGAUAGCUGAGAUGGUUAGAUAUUGGCUGGAAGAGUGGCGGAAAGAAUUAUUGAGCAAUUUCGCAGGCUUGAGGGAGCUUGACGGUUAUUCUCGUGAAGACAGUCAAUUUGUUGCUAACGCUCUUCUCGAUGAUCUGAUCAAAAUGAUGGACUCAUUUCUUUCAAUAGCAGCAGCAGAGGACACAUGGCGAGUUUUAUUUUAUUUUUGGCCAAAGUCUUUGAUGCGCCCAUCCCACGAGGUCCGGAGUGUCAUCGAGCAUUGUCUCCGUAGGGGUCUUAGCCCUAACAGGCGGUAUGGAAAGGCCAACUGGCCUCUUCUGUUCCGGGCAAUCUUUGAAAUGGCACAACAAAAAAGAGAAGGGAUUUGA